UCUCUCUCUCUCCCUCGCUUAAACCCUUCUUCUCCAGCCUCGCAAAGCCGCAGCAAAUCGAGUAGGGAGAGGAGGAGGAGGAGGAGGAGGAGGAAGGGGGGGAGAUGGGGAUGGGGAUGGAGAAGGGGAUGACGGCGUACGAGGCGGCGAGGGAGAGGACGGUGGAGGAGAACAAGCGCAAGAUGGAGGCGCUCAACCUGCGCCACCUCUCCGCCGCCAUCGCCGUCGCCCCCAAGACCCCCUCCCCCAUGAAGCAGAAGAGGCGUAGGAUCAUCGAGGCGGCGGUCGUGGCUCCCUCGCCUCCGAGGAGGUCUCGGCGCCUCGCUAAUCUCCCUGAGGUCAAGUAUGCAGAGGUAGCACCAGAUGGCGCAGAGAGGAUGAAAAGGUCUCCACGAAAAGCAAUUGACAGUAUCUACCUGGCAACCCGUGGAUCAAUUUCCAUGGAAGCUAGGCUCGAGGCAGCAAGAAAAGCAGAGGAACUGGAAUCACAACUUGACCCUGAAUUUCCCUCCUUCGUGAAGCCAAUGCUACAUUCACAUGUGGUCCGAGGAUUUUGGUUGGGCUUACCGAGGCAUUUCUGCGAGACUUACCUGCCAAAACAUGAUGCCAUUGUCACUUUGUUGGAUGAGAAAGACGAGCAAUUUGAUACCAAUUACCUUGCCUACAAGAAUGGCCUAAGUGGUGGCUGGGCUGGCUUUGCUUUGGACCAUGGAUUGUUGGAUGGAGAUGCGACAGUAUUUCAGUUGGUCAAGCCUACAACCUUCAAGGUGCAUAUUAUCCGAGCUACUGUUGAUGAUGGAAAUGAGGUAACCAAGUGACAUCAACAAAGACGGCACUACUAACACAUCGGCAGACGAAAAAUUGCAUUUUGGGUAGGUUUAGGCCUCAUCUGUUAGUAUUACCAUUAGGCACUUAAUCUGUUACUCUGCUAGUUUGCAGAGCAUCUAUCAUGUAGCCCAUAUCUAUGUUGGGAGAAGGAACAAUUUGCCACUCUUAUGUUGUUUGUAAUUGGUGUGUCCACAAUUACUGCCAAUUCGACACUCGGGAGUUUAUUAGCUGACAGAUUUGGAGUAUCUGCUGUUUAUGUGUCUGGCUACUGCAUGUUUCUGUCCUAAUUAAGUUUUGAUGGAACAUGGUACAACUUUUGGCGUUUA